AUGUUUCAAUGGCUUACGACUGAAGGGAGUGAAUUGAAAAGCCACAUUCCCGGCUCAACCAACUAUAUCACGGACGGGAGGAAUCGAAAGAAAUAUGGACUAGAAGGGCUACCCGGGGAUUCAAAGCCGUUUCCAUCGAACCCGCAUUUUAAGAGUGAACGUAUUUUGAGCGAGGAACUGCGAAAUGACAUCUACCACCGAGUUGUGGUCAAGAAGCAGAGUGUUCGGGCUGUCAGUACCGAUACGGGAGUUGAUAUGAGACGAGUCGCUGCUGUAUGUCGCUUAGUUGAGUUGGAGAAACAGUGGCGAGAACAGGGGAAACCAUUAGCAUUGCCAUAUGCUCGUGCUGUGCACGAGAUGGUGCCGACAACCAAGUUGCAAAGAGAUCCAAGACUGCAACGCGAAAGACCCCAUGAGCAGAUCAAUGAUCUUCCUGCUCAUCGACUUACCGAUGCUCAAAUUUUCUACCCGGUCUCUGAAUCUCGUCAGUUUACCCGUGUCGAUGCUGGCCGCGUAUUCUCCGCUGCCCCAGCCCGUCUGCGCGGCGAUGAUCAAGACGAUCAACCUUGGGAGGUCGUGAGGGAUCUCAACCUUGGCGAACGCCGAAUCGAAGCCGUCGGAAAAGGCGACUCUGAGCAGCGCGUAUUACUGCCCGCCGACGUGCGCAUCCCACACCCGCACCUUAUCACGCUUGAGAGCGAGCGCGCUGCCAACCCUGACAGUUUACGUGAUGUCUGGAGAGCACACGAGAAACGUCUUAAGGAGGGAAAUGAGGCUGAAGAGAAGCGCAAACAGCGUAAACAAGAAGCUCAUGACCGCCAGGUAUCCCGCGUUCAGCCCAGGUCGUCUCGAUUCGAGUUCCGUAUCAAGGAUGUCGUUGUCAGCAAGGAGACCACCGGCACUGAUGGUCGUAACGCCAAGGCCCCUGGCCGGAGAUAUGGUGUCCCCAGAUCAGACCGCAAGAAGGGUCAGGUCAAGAUUCCUACCUAUGUGUUGGUCUAG